CUACUGCCUGAAAAUGGUGAUGUUUGGUAAUGCUGCUGGCUCUACAAACUGGGUGCUGCGGAGGGGGCUGUGGGGACUGAUGCUGGUUGCAUCCAUAGCCAUAUAUGGCUCUCAUGCUCCCCUCCUGACCCGAUGCAAGGUGGACGGGAGGAUCCCCUUCAGCUCCACGUCCGUUGUGGUUCUCGUUGAGCUGACAAAGCUGGUGUUCUCCCUCGUGUUCCUGCUGACCUGGGACCGGGAGCUGCUAGGAGUUACUGUGUCAUGGCACCAUGUUGCCCCCUUCGCCCUCUCUGCCCUGCUCUAUGCUGCCAACAACAACCUGGUGGUUCAUAUGCAGCUCUUCAUGGAUCCCAGCACCUACCAGAUCUUGAGUAACUUAAAGAUCGUCAGUACUGCGCUCCUCUACAGUCUUUUCCUGCGACAAAGACUGAGCAUGCGCAAAUGGCUGGCUCUUUUCCUGCUGGUGGCUGCUGGGGUGAGCUACAGCUGUGGUGGCCUGCAGGAUCCUGGCAGCCCCUCCAAGAUGCAGCUGCACAUCACGCUGGUGGGUUUGCUGCUGAUCUUGGUGUACUGCCUGAUAUCGGGCUUGUCAGCUGUCUACACGGAAGCCAUCCUGAAAACCCAGGCACUGCCUCUCAGCCUUCAGAACCUCUUCCUUUACUUCUUUGGGGUCCUACUCAACUUAAUCGGCUACUUCUGGAGCAGCACAGAGGGCAGUUUCUUGGAGGGCUUUUCCUCCUGGGUGCUGGUGAUUGUGGUCAGCCAGGCCUUGAACGGUUUGAUCAUGUCCGUGGUUAUGAAGCACAGCAGUAACAUCACCAGGCUCUUCGUGAUCUCCUGCUCUAUCCUGGUCAAUGCCCUCCUGUCUGUCACCCUCUUCAAUCUGCAGCUCACCCUCCUCUUCUUCGUUGCUGUCUCAUGCAUUGGCCUUGCUGUUCACUUGUACUAUGGGGUGACGUAGCUGCUGCCUUCCUGCCCCUGCAUGCUCCAGGGCAGCCUUUACUUGUUCCUCAGGGGUGUUUAGUGUUUGUGCUGGGGAUGGUGUUAGAAGCAGGGUGGUGCCCAGGCCACCGGCCUCCCCACACUGGUGUUCAUGGGGAACCAUUACUGGUGGGUGCACGCACAACUAGCAGGGACCUCCCAAAGGAGGAGGGCUGAGGAGGGGGGUGCCCUGGCCCUGUUUCCAGGGGGUAAGCUGGGCCCUGCCCCAGCCCAGCCAGGCUUUGUGCCCAGUCUCAAGGGUGGGUCCUGAGCCCCUUGUUCAUAUGGCGUGUUACAUUCUCAGGCUGUUUCCCCCCCUCUUCCCCACACCAGAGUGCACCUGCUCUUGUGGCUGUCAAUGCUCCAGCAGCAGUUAGCUCCACUGUGCUACAGGCUCAUCUGUGUGCAGGCAGCCUUGCAUUGGUCUGACACCUUUUUGGCUCUUGUGGAUGGUGCUUCCCCCCACUGUCUGCACGAGGCCAGGUGCUGCCGCCUGGAGACCCUCACACUGUGUCCAGGACUCUCUCCCACCUCUGCAGUUUUCCAGCCCUCUCCUUGCUGCAGCCUCUGGCUGAAGGGCUACUGUCUUCAGGCUCCGUUUCCCCUUCUUGGGCAUGGUGUCAUUGCCCUGUGUGGAGCAGAUGGGGAAUGGGGGGAUGUGGGAACUGUUUCACUGGGAAAUGGCACCCAGAUUUGUACUGAUGCUGAGCUGGUGAGCUCCUGGCAGGCAGAAGUCACUGCUGGUUCUGGCCAGGGUUAUUAAAGUUACGGUUCAACAGCA